AUGGCGGCGAGUCGCCUAAAUGGCGGUCUGCGGAUCGUGGGCCUGCUAUGGGCAUUUCGUGUUUCGGCGGAGUCGCAGGAAAAGCACGAGAUGACGGAGGCUGCUGAGACAGCCGGUGCGGUGUGCCUGGAUGGAACUCCUCCGGUCUACUAUCUCAGAAGAGGUUCCGGCUCGGGUGUGAACAAGUGGUACUUGCACCAUCAGGGAGGCGGCUGGUGCGAGUCCUUUGACGACUGCGUAGCCCGUUCGAAGACAGACCUGGGGUCGUCUUCCAAGUAUCCCGCCACCGCUUCGAUGGAAGAUGGGUACUUCUCGACGGAUGCAGCGGUCAAUCCGAUGAUGUACAACUGGAAUCAUGUUCUCCUGAUGUAUUGUGACGGCGCUAGCUUCAGUGGGAACAAUGCCACAGUUACGGUGCACAACGGCACCAAGCUGCACUUCCGGGGGCAGCGCAUUCGAGAAGCCAUUGAGCAGGACCUUCUCCAAAAUCAGGGCCUCGCUAAUGCCAGCGACCUGAUCGUGUCUGGUUGCAGCGCUGGUGGUCUGGCAACAUAUCUUCACACCGACCAAUGGUGCGAGUCGCUCCAUGCAUCGCGGCCUUUAGCGAAAUGCGUUGGAAUGCCGGACAGCGGGUUCUUUCUUGACUACCAGGACCCUGAAGUUCGCUGCUCUCCAGACAGCUCAGCUCCUGGCCUCCUCACCGAAACCAUCAACGGAGACUAUCACUGCGGCCUGUGGUGGACCUUCCACAUUCAGAAUGCCAGCUCUGGCAUCAACCAGCGCUGCCUCGCGCGUCACACGAACGAGGAAUGGAGGUGUAUGUUUGCGGAGUACGCGGCAGAGUUCAUUCACUCACCCGUCUUUGCCUUGCAGUCCAUGUAUGAUUCCUGGCAGACAGCCCAUGUGCAAGGGACUGGUGGCGCUUCCAAAACGAAAGUCCUUGGCAAGAACAUCACCGAGCGUCUGCUGAAGAGCUUGCUGGCCAAGAACCCUCGCUCCGGUGCUUUCCUGGACAGCUGCUGGCACCAUUGUGGAUCCUGGAAUUCCAUCCGCAUCGAUGGCGACUUGGUGUCCACGGCUCUCCACCCGACCAGCGAUUUGCCAGCAACUUCCGAGGAAAUGGUACCAUGGCCUCGGGAGGGCUGGGAGCAAGCGAUUGUGGAACCAGAACAGCGGAAGCCCAUCAAGCCGUCAAUGCCCGUGGCCAAGCUGUUGUACAUGGCAGAACUAGGUUUUGCCCUGCUGCCAAUCUUGCCCAGUCCUGGGGAUUCGUUGCGUGUCUUCUACGAGCGGGGGGAUCUGCCUGUUCAGAUCUACCAUGGCUCCAUAGGUCGACUGCUGUGGAAGGUGGAUGUUGAAAAACUCGACUACCACCACUACCUGCCGAUAUUCUUCGAUGGGCUGCGCGAGAAAGAGGAUCCCUUCAGGUUCAUGGCCGUCACUGGAGCUUAUGACAUGCUGGAGAAGGGGGGUGAUCGUAUCCUUCCGGUGGUGCCUCAGCUCGUCAUCCCUCUCAAAAGUGCGCUGAAUACACGUGACCCCCAAAUCAUGUGCACAACCAUGAAGCUUAUGCAGAAGCUGGUUCUGAGUGGCGACAUGAUUGGCGAGGCAUUGGUGCCCUACUACCGGCAGCUGCUGCCUGUGUUCUGUCUCUUCAAAGGCAAGAACAUUCCGACGAAGGACAUGGGAGACUACAUGGACUACAGCCAGCGCAAGAAUCUGAACCUAGGAGAUCUGAUCUCAGAAACCCUUCAGAUCUUGGAGGAGCAUGGAGGUGAAGAUGCCUUCAUCAACAUCAAGUACAUGGUCCCCACCUACGAGAGUGCCGUUCUUUGUGGAGCAUAG